UCGCAUCGCGUCUGGUUCGGAUGAUGACACUGUGAGGUUGUGGGAUGCAGCGACAGGAGAGCCAUUGGGUAAUCCCUUGUGGGGGCACACUGGAAUGGUUACCUCAGUCUCGUUCUCACCGGAUGGUACUCGCAUCGCGUUUGGUUCAUCGGAUAACUUUGUGUGGCUAUGGGAUGCAGCUACGGGACAGCCAUUGGGUGAGCCCUUACAGGGGCACACUGCAAUGGUUUUGUCAGUCUCGUUCUCACCGGAUGGUACUCGCAUUGCAUCUGGUUCAUCGGAUAACACUGUUCGGGUGUGGAGUGCAGUGAAAGUGCAACCAUCCCCCGAGUCAGGAGAGCCAGAUCCCUCCGCAUCUUCGCUGCAUCAAAGCACUGCACCUCCCACCCAAGAAAGCCGUUUCAUGCCAACCAACACUUGUAAUGAUCGCCUCAUUUCCUUCUCUUCCAACCUGGAACACGCUCUACCCGACCCCGCUGAUUUGCUUGAACCCACCUCUCAUUGUGAUUCUAACUCAACCUCCGUCUCGCUGCAAGCUGAUGGAUGGAUGAUGGGACCCAAUCACCGGCUCCUUUUCUGGGUACCUCCCGCUUCCCGACAUGGAUUACAUACUCCUUGGACUGUAUUCGUGAUACCCAGAGGAUAUCCUGAGCUUGAUUUGAGCCGCAUGGCACAUGGAACACGCUGGUCGAGUUGCCGAGAUACUUCCACGUAAUGAUGAAUUUAUUGCUGCAACAUCGAGCGUACCACUUGAUCC